AUGAUGCUCUGUUUUUACCUAUUUUUACCACUUCCAUGUAUUGUGUCUGACUGGUCUGACUGGAGUGCACCAGAUGCUUCUGGAUCAAGAUUCAGAGUAAGAUAUAUGACAAGACCUGCAUUGAAUGGCGGCAAAGAAUGUCCAGAUCUCAUCCAACUUGGCAAAGUACCACUACCUUGUAUUGUGUCUGACUGGACCACAUGGAGUGCACCUGAUGCUUCUGGAUCAAGAUUCAGAGUAAGAUAUAUGACCAGACCUGCAUUGAAUGGUGGCAAAGAAUGUCCAGAUCUCAUCCAACUCGGCAGAGUACCACUUCCUUGUAUCAUGUCUGACUGGUCUGACUGGAGUGCACCUGAUGCUUCAGGAUCAAGAUUCAGAGUAAGAUAUAUGACAAGACCAGCAUUGAAUGGCGGCAAAGAAUGUGAAGACCUCAUCCAAAUUGGCAAAGUACCACUUCCAUGUAUUGUGUCUGACUGGACCGCAUGGAGUGCACCUGAUGCUUCUGGAUCAAGAUUCAGAGUAAGAUACACAACAAGACCUGCAUUGAAUGGUGGCAAAGAAUGUCCAGAUCUCAUCCAACUUGGCAAAGUACCACUUCCAUGUAUCAUGUCUGACUGGACCGACUGGAGUGCACCAGAUGCCUCUGGAACCAGAUACAGAGUAAGAUAUAUGACAAGACCAGCAUUGAAUGGCGGCAAAGAAUGUGAAGAUCUCAUCCAACUUGGCAAAGUACCACUUCCAUGUAUCAUGUCUGACUGGACCGACUGGAGUGCACCUGAUGCCUCUGGAACCAGAUACAGAGUUAGAUAUAUGACAAGACCUGCAUUGAAUGGCGGCAAAGAAUGUGAAGACCUCAUCCAACUUGGCAAAGUACCACUUCCAUGUAUCAUGUCUGACUGGACCGACUGGAGUGCACCUGAUGCUUCUGGUACCAGAUACAGAGUAAGAUAUAUGACAAGACCAGCAUUGAACGGUGGCAAAGAAUGUGAAGACCUUAUCCAACUCGGCAAAGUACCACUUCCAUGUAUCAUGUCUGAUUGGACCGACUGGAGUGCACCUGAUGCUUCAGGAACCAGAUACAGAGUAAGAUAUAUGACAAGACCAGCAUUGAACGGUGGCAAAGAAUGUGAAGACCUCAUCCAACUUGGCAAAGUACCACUUCCAUGUGUCAUGUCUGACUGGUCUGACUGGAGUGCACCUGAUGCCUCUGGAACCAGAUACAGAGCAAGAUUCACAACCAGACCUGCAUUGAAUGGUGGCAAAGAAUGUCCAGAUAUGAUCCAACUUGGCAAAGUACCACUUCCAUGUAUCAUGUCUGACUGGACCGCCUGGAGUGCACCUGAUGCUACUGGAUCCAGAUACAGAGUAAGAUUCAUGACCAGACCUGCAUUGAAUGGCGGCAAAGAAUGUGAAGACCUCAUCCAACUUGGCAAAGUACCACUGCCAUGUAUUGUCAGUGACUGGAAUGAAUGGUCCGCACCUGAUGCUACCGGCUCUUCAUUCAGAUGGAGAUAUGUUACCAGACCAGCAAUUAAUGGUGGAGCUGAAUGCCCAGACCUUAUCCAGGGCAAGAAAGUACCACUUCCACUUAUUGUUGGACCAUGGAACACAUGGGCAGCACCUGAUGCCACUGGAAGCACCUUCAGAUGGAGAUAUGUAUUACGACCAGCAAUCAACAAGGACGAACCAAUUCCAGAACUCAUUGAAGCCAAGAAAAUACCACUGCCAUGUAUUGUCAGUGACUGGAAUGAAUGGUCCGCACCUGAUGCUACCGGCUCUUCAUUCAGAUGGAGAUAUGUAACCAGACCAGCAAUUAACGGAGGAGCAGAAUGUCCAGACCUUAUCCAGGGCAAGAAAGUACCACUUCCACUUAUUGUUGGACCAUGGAAUACAUGGGCAGCACCUGAUGCAACUGGAAGCACCUUCAGAUGGAGAUAUGUAUUACGACCAGCAAUCAACAAGGACGAACCAAUUCCAGAACUCAUUGAGGCCAAGAAAAUACCUCUGCCAUGUAUUGUUGGUGACUGGAGCACAUGGUCAUCACCAGAUGCUACUGGCUCAUCAUUCAGAUUCAGAUUUGUAACCAGACCAUCAGUAAAUGGAGGCAAAGAAUGUCCAGAUCUCAUCCAGGGCAGAAAGGUACCACUUCCAUGUAUUGUUGCUGACUGGAAUGAAUGGUCUGCACCUGAUGCUACUGGCUCUUCAUUCAGAUGGAGAUUUGUUGUCAGACCAUCCAUUAGUGGAGGACAAGAAUGUCCAGAUCUCAUCCAGGGCAAGAAGGUACCACUUCCACUUAUUGUUGGACCAUGGAACACAUGGGCAGCACCUGAUGCCACUGGAAGCACCUUCAGAUGGAGAUAUGUAUUGCGACCAGCAAUCAACAAAGACGAAAAAACACCAGACCUCAUCGAGGCCAAGAAAAUACCUCUGCCAUGUAUUGUUGGUGACUGGAGCACAUGGUCAUCACCAGAUGCUACUGGCUCAUCAUUCAGAUUCAGAUUUGUAACCAGACCAUCAGUGAAUGGAGGCAAAGAAUGUCCAGAUCUCAUCCAAGGCAGAAAGGUCAAACUUCCAUGUAUUGUUGCUGACUGGAAUGAAUGGUCUGCACCUGACGCUACGGGAUCUUCAUUCAGAUGGAGAUUUGUUGUCAGACCAGCCAUUAGUGGAGGACAAGAAUGCCCAGAUCUCAUCCAGGGCAAGAAAGUACCACUUCCACUUAUUGUUGGACCAUGGAACACAUGGGCAGCACCUGAUGCCACUGGAACCACAUUCAGAUGGAGAUAUGUAUUACGACCAGCUAUCAACAAAGACGAAAAGACACCAGAACUCAUCGAGACCAAGAAAGUGGUUCUUCCAUGUAUUGUGUCUGACUGGAACACUUGGUCUGAAGCUGAUGCUACAGGAUCUUCAUUCAGAUGGAGAUUUGUUGUCAGACCAGCAAUCAAUGGUGGAAAAGAAUGUCCAGACCUCAUCCAGGGCAGAAAAAUACCACUUCCACUCAUUGUUGGUCCAUGGAAUACAUGGGCAGCACCUGAUGCCACUGGAAGCACCUUCAGAUGGAGAUAUGUUUUGCGACCAGCAAUUAACAAAGACGAAAAGACUCCAGAACUCAUUGAAACCAAGAAAGUCCAACUUCCAUGUAUUGUGUCCGACUGGAAUGAAUGGUCAGCACCUGAUGCUACUGGAUCCUCAUUCAGAUGGAGAUUUGUUGUCAGACCAGCCAUUAAUGGAGGAAAAGAAUGUCCAGACCUCAUCCAGGGCAAGAAGGUACCACUUCCACUUAUUGUUGGACCAUGGAACACAUGGGCAGCACCUGAUGCCACUGGAACCACAUUCAGAUGGAGAUAUGUAUUACGACCAGCUAUCAACAAAGACGAAAAGACUCCAGAACUCAUUGAGACCAAGAAAGUGGUUCUUCCAUGUAUUGUAUCCGACUGGAAUGAAUGGUCAGCACCUGAUGCUACCGGCUCCUCAUUCAGAUGGAGAUUUGUUGUCAGACCAGCAAUUAAUGGAGGCAAAGAAUGUCCAGACCUCAUCCAGGGCAAAAAAGUACCACUUCCACUCAUUGUUGGACCAUGGAACACAUGGGCAGCACCUGAUGCCACUGGAAGCACCUUCAGAUGGAGAUAUGUAUUACGACCAGCAAUCAACAAAGACGAAAAGACUCCAGAUCUUAUCGAGGCUAAGAAAGUGGUUCUUCCAUGUAUUGUGUCUGACUGGAAUACUUGGUCUGAAGCUGAUGCUACUGGAUCUUCAUUCAGAUGGAGGUUCGUAACCAGACCAGCAAUCAACGGAGGAAAAGAAUGUCCAGAUCUCAUCCAAGGCAGAAAAAUACCAUUGCCACUCAUUGUGGGUCCAUGGAAUACAUGGGCAGCACCUGAUGCCACUGGAAGCACCUUUAGAUGGAGAUAUGUAUUACGACCAGCAAUCAACAAAGACGAAAAGACUCCAGAACUUAUUGAAACCAAGAAAGUCCAACUUCCUUGUAUUGUUACCGACUGGAAUGAAUGGUCAGCACCUGAUGCUACUGGAUCUUCAUUCAGAUGGAGAUUCGUUGUCAGACCAGCUAUUAAUGGAGGAAAAGAAUGUCCAGACCUCAUCCAGGGCAAGAAGGUACCACUGCCACUUAUUGUGGGUCCAUGGAAUACAUGGGCAGCACCUGAUGCCACUGGAAGCACCUUCAGAUGGAGAUAUGUAUUACGACCAGCAAUCAACAAAGACGAAAAGACUCCAGAGCUCAUCGAGGCCAAGAAAGUCAAACUUCCAUGUAUUGUCAGUGACUGGAAUGAAUGGUCUGCACCUGAUGCUACAGGCUCCUCAUUCAGAUGGAGAUUUGUUGUCAGACCAGCAAUCAAUGGAGGACAAGAAUGUCCAGAUCUCAUCCAGGGCAAGAAAGUACCACUUCCACUUAUUGUUGGACCAUGGAAUGCAUGGGCAGCACCUGAUGCCACUGGAACCACCUUCAGAUGGAGAUAUGUAUUACGACCAGCUAUCAACAAAGACGAAAAGACACCAGAACUCAUUCAGACCAACAAAGUCAAACUUCCAUGUAUUGUAUCUGACUGGAAUGAAUGGUCAGCACCUGAUGCUACUGGCUCCUCAUUCAGAUGGAGAUUUGUUGUCAGACCAGCCAUCAAUGGAGGACAAGAAUGUCCAGAUCUCAUCCAGGGCAAGAAAGUACCACUUCCACUCAUUGUGUCUCCAUGGAAUACAUGGGCAGCACCUGAUGCCACUGGAAGCACCUUCAGAUGGAGAUAUGUUGUCAGACCAGCAAUCAACAAAGACGAAAAGACUCCAGACCUUAUCGAGGCCAAGAAAGUGGUUCUUCCAUGUAUUGUGUCUGACUGGAAUACUUGGUCUGAAGCUGAUGCUACUGGCUCUUCAUUCAGAUGGAGAUUCGUAACCAGACCAGCAAUCAACGGAGGAAAAGAAUGUCCAGACCUCAUCCAGGGCAGAAAAAUACCAUUGCCACUCAUUGUGGGUCCAUGGAAUACAUGGGCAGCACCAGAUGCCACUGGAAGCACCUUCAGAUGGAGAUAUGUAUUGCGACCAGCAAUCAACAAAGACGAACCAAUUCCAGAACUCAUUGAAGCCAAGAAAGUCAAACUUCCAUGUAUUGUCAGUGACUGGAAUGAAUGGUCAGCACCUGAUGCUACUGGAUCUUCAUUCAGAUGGAGAUUUGUUGUCAGACCAGCUAUCAAUGGAGGACAAGAAUGUCCAGACCUCAUCCAGGGCAAGAAAGUACCACUCCCACUCAUUGUGUCUCCAUGGAAUACAUGGGCAGCACCUGAUGCCACUGGAAGCACCUUCAGAUGGAGAUAUGUUGUCAGACCAGCAAUCAACAAAGACGAAAAGACUCCAGACCUCAUUGAGGCCAAGAAAGUGGUUCUUCCAUGUAUUGUCACUGACUGGAAUGAAUGGUCCGCAGCUGAUGCUACAGGCUCCUCAUUCAGAUGGAGAUUUGUUGUCAGACCAGCAAUUAAUGGAGGAAAAGAAUGUCCAGACCUCAUCCAGGGCAAGAAAAUACCACUGCCACUUAUUGUGGGUCCAUGGAAUACAUGGGCAGCACCUGAUGCCACUGGAACCACAUUCAGAUGGAGAUAUGUAUUGCGACCAGCAAUCAACAAAGACGAAAAGACUCCAGAACUCAUUGAGACCAAGAAGGUUCAACUUCCAUGUAUUGUAACUGACUGGAAUGAAUGGUCUGCACCUGAUGCAACUGGCUCUUCAUUCAGAUGGAGAUUUGUUGUCAGACCAUCUAUCAACGGAGGAAAAGAAUGUCCAGACCUUAUCCAGGGCAAGAAGGUACCACUGCCACUCAUUGUGUCCCCAUGGAAUACAUGGGCAGCACCUGAUGCCACUGGAACCACCUUCAGAUGGAGAUAUGUAUUGCGACCAGCAAUCAACAAGGAUGAAAAAACUCCAGAACUCAUUGAGACCAAGAAGGUACAACUUCCAUGUAUUGUCACUGACUGGAAUGAAUGGUCCGCACCUGAUGCCACAGGCUCUUCAUUCAGAUGGAGAUUUGUUGUCAGACCAUCAAUUAAUGGAGGAAAAGAAUGUCCAGAUCUCAUCCAGGGCAAGAAAGUACCACUCCCACUUAUUGUUUCUCCAUGGAACACAUGGUCUGCACCUGAUGCAACUGGAAGCACUUUCAGAUGGAGAUAUGUCUUGCGACCAGCAAUUAACAAAGACGAACCAAUUCCAGAACUCAUUGAGGCCAAGAAAAGUAAAUAUACCUUAUGA